UCUUGAUUCCUAUACGUUACGCUGAGAUCUAAAACAUAGCGAGAACCUAUAAAUCAAAUGCUACGCUGAUGUUCUUUUUCCCGUUUUAUUUUUUUCUGCUUUCCAUUCGUCUUUUCUCGUCACCAUGGAUUAUCAAAAGUUCCUUAGCACUCGCAGCAAGGCUCGCAACCCAUCAGCCAUUCGUGCCCUGAUGCCAUACAUGAACAACAAGGAGAUGCUCUCCUUGGGUGCUGGUCAACCCAACCCUGAAACGUUCCCCUAUGCAAGCAUGAGUGUCACACUCAAGUCCGGAGAGACGAUCACUUUUGACAAUGACUUGUUCAGACGUAGUUUGUCGUAUGACCUCACUUCCGGUUUGCCUCAGUUGAAUCAGUGGUUGCGUGAACUCCAAAUCAAGGAACAUGCUCCACCUUGCAAGGAAUUUGACUUGGCUGUGGGUCCUGGCUCGCAGGAUCUCUUGACCAAGGCAUUGGAAAUGUUUGCUGAACCCGGAAGUGCUUUGCUUGUUGAGGAGCCUACUUAUACUGGUGCUUUAUCGUUCCUUGAGACUCAGCCUAUCGAUUUGGUUCCCGUUGCCACCGAUGCCCAAGGUAUAAGUCCCGAAGCCCUUGAUCAGAUCUUGUCCAACUGGCCAGAGUCAAACCCCAGCGGCAAGAAGGACCAGCCCCGUCCUCAGGUUCUUUACACUGUUCCUGUCGGCGGUAACCCUACUGGUGUCAGCUCUACGCUGGAACGCAAGAAGCGAACCUACGAAGUAUGCAAGAAGCACGAUAUCAUCAUCAUUGAAGACGACCCAUACUACUAUCUCCAAUUCAACACCCAGCGCACUCCUUCGUAUUUCUCCAUGGAUGUGGACGGCCGUGUUUUGCGUAUGGACAGUAUGAGCAAGAUUUUGUCGUCCGGUAUUCGUAUUGGUUGGGUCUCCGGCCCCAAGGUCUUGAUUGAGCGGAUGAACAUGCACACCAUGGUAACGAACUUGCAACCCGCUGGUGUCCCUCAAUUGAUGGCUUAUGGUUUGUUGGCCGAAUGGGGUCACGAUGGUUUCUUCAAGCACGUUGACAGUGUCGCCAAAUUUUAUCGUGAAAGACGCGAUGCCUUUGUCAAGUGUUUGGACCGUAACCUGAAGGGAUUAGCCGAAUGGGUUGCGCCUGACUCUGGCAUGUUUGUCUGGAUUCGCCUGUUGGGUGGCAUCACUGACUCGAACGAGCUGAUAUUGCAAAAGGCAGUCAAGAAGAAUGUUUUGGCUGUUCCUGGUGUGGCCUUCAUGCCCCUUCAAGACAAAACACCCUGUGUCCGUGUCUCAUAUAGCUGCAUCGAGAUGGAUCAAAUGGACGAAGCUGUGUGUCGUCUUGCUGCUGUCAUUCGCGAGGAAGCUGAAGCCAACUCUGCUAACUAAAAAGAAAUCUUCAAUUAUGCGUAUUCCCCAACUUUUGAAAAGUGUCUUGAUAACACUCAAUCCAUGUAACUUCAAUUUUCUAUUUAAUAUUUUUGUUUUAGACGUAUCACUCGAUGUAGUGUUCAAUUGUUUUGUAAGUAAUGAG